CCGCCGUGGCCCGCCUCGUGUGGCCCAUCGUGGCGGUGCUGCUGGUGGUGGCCAUCGCCGGCCCGGCGCUCACCUGCUACCUGCUCGUCAAGGAUUACUCUUCAGAAGUGACCUCGCUGCGCCGUGACCUCCUCUUCUGCCAGCUGGGGUCAACGCGCCUGCCGCCCCUCGACCUUGACCUUAAUCUUGACCUCCUUGACCCCUUCACGCCCCCCUCCACCGCCCCCUCGCCCACCCCCUCCCUGCCCAUGCCCCCCGCCCCCCUCCCUCUCGUGGCAGACACACCGAUAGCUGAUUCUAGUCCCUCCUCCUCCUCUUCCUCCUCUUCCUCUUCCUCCGACUUUGUUUCUAGAGGUAAGAGGAAGAGAGGUCCCCCCACCCUCCCCCCCUCCUCCCCCUCCCACACAAUGAUGCAGGAUCAGUCUCAUCUUCCUCCUCCUUCUCCUCCUCCCCCUCCUCUUCUUCUUCUUCCGGGUCCUACUCAUUCUCCUUCCUCCUCCUCAAAAAAAUCAUCAUCAUCAUCAUCAUUGUCAUUCUCCCCACUGUCAGUUGCUUCCUCUUCCUCUUCCUCCUCCUCCUCCUCCUCCUCCUCCUCUUCAAAAGCAAGCGAGGAGCCCUUCUCCGAUAAGGAGUACGUGUCGGUGCUGGAGCGGCAGAUCCGGGACCUUCGUGCGCGCGUGGCCGCCUGCCGCUCGUGCCUCGUGCCGCCGCAGCGCGCCCUGGCGGUGUGCGGCGGCGGGGCGGCGUGGAGAGACUACCGCCACCGCCGCCGCCUCCUCCGCCGCCACGAGAAACGGCGGAGGAAGGAGGAGAAGCGGAGGAGGAAGGAGGAACGGAGGAGAAGUAAGGAGAAGGAGGGAGUAAGCAACACUAGUCCAUCUACCACUACUACUACUUCUACUACUACUACUACGCCUGCUACCACCACCACCACCACCACGUCACCGCCGCCAAGGGACUCUGACGUGAUCCUGGACUCCCUGUUAGCGGACGUGGCCUACAGUGAGCACCAGGACAAUCAAAGAGCGAGGGAGACCCAUCGCAUGAGCACGGAUUUCCGACGCGGGUUCAACCAGAAGAUUUCACGGAUGGACGAGGCGCUCACCCAGUUCACGGACACCCAGGCGGCGUUCUGCAAGGAGCUUCGGGACAACUUGGGAGCGAGGUUGGAAAAGCGUGGACAAGAACUUGAGGCGCUGUCAGACCAGAUCGCGGCGCUGGUGCGGACGACGACCACGCAGAUUACGGCACUGGAGAAGGCAGCGUCCGACCAGAUGUACGCAGGGCAGAGCAGCAUAGAGAAGACGCUGGCUAUCACGCAGGCAAUACGCGACUCGCAGCUCCGCGCUAUACAGAACUACCACAAGCAAACGUUCCUACCCGCCGCCGCCGCUGUCGCUACCAUACUCACGGAACAGGCCUCGGCGCUGACCUCCAUGGGCGUUGAGCUGAUUACAAAGGUUGAGAUGCUGCAGGACGUGUAUCUGACCUAUGCCACGCGCGAAUCGGACGCCCUCAAGAAACUGACGCAGGAGGUGGAAAUGUUCGCCGCGAAGCACAGCAACCUGGCGGCGAGGACACGGGACCACGCCAGGCAGGUCCACCUCGGCGCGGACAGCUUCGUCAGGGAGAUCCAGAACCGCAUGAACAACGUGGUUAAAGAGUUGGUCCUGAUCCGUAUGCAGAGUCAGAACUUCGUGGCCGCUAACAACGACGCCCACAAUGAUAUCUCCUACAGCGUCAACCAGACCCAGGUGGCGGUGGAGACGCUCUCGCAAGGCCUGAAGCAGAGACUAGACAACGCGACGGAACUUCACCAAGACUUCAGGAACGUGUUCAAGAAAGAGACGGACCAUAUAUCGUCCACGGUGGAGGCUGGGAUAAGCGAGGCUCUCUUCUCCAACCACGCAUCGGUGAGCCACGUUGAGGAGGCGGAGCUGGAUACGCGGGUGUUCGUGGGGACGGCCAGGGCGGCUUGGGAGGAGCUCUACCUAUCACAGGAGGCCGAGCUACGGAAGGAGGCAGACUCCCUCACCCACGGCCUUCAGAGUCACACCCACCACACUCAGAACGUCCUAGCGGGCAUGAGGGCAACUGCGGAAACUCAUGAACUGGUGUUGGAGGAGCAGCGCAUGAAUUUCCAGCAGUUCAUCCGCAAGAGACAGGAUGCGCUGGACAUUCAGUGUUCGGCCGUGAGCGACUGGGCGACGCUCAUGUCCACGGAGCUGCGACGGCGGGACGAGGACCUCCACCGCUUCCUGAGUGAAGACCUCCACUACAACACAGUCACCGUUCCUGAUGAUGGCGAUGAGUACAAAAUUUCCCGACGCCAAGAUGGGUCGUGGGCAUACCAGUCGGGUCACGCCCACACCCAAGCCCACCCCCCGGGACCCACCCACACCCGCCCGCUCACCUCAAAUGUGACACAUCAUCUCGCAAGGGGUGCCUAUAGCGGCGCAUCACACAGCACCACACAGCAAUCUAGUCGGAACGCACGCCCCCAGAGCCACACGGGCCGGGCCACACCACAUGCCCUGACCCCGGACCCUAAAGCCACCACUGCCAGCCACAGGGACACCACUACUAGGGAUGAAGACCCCUCCUCGCCUGACGGGGACACCAGCGCUAUCACUGCCAGCACCGGGAACACCAGCGCCGCACACCACACACUCAGCAUUGCCGGAACUCACACCAGUCUUGGGAACGCUCGUAACACUGAUACUCUGAAUGGAAGGGAUAAGUUAGCUGCUAGACGAACCGGUCAUACUAGGAACACUUACUCUCCUGAUACUUUUACGGAUGGAAGGGAUAAGAUGACCACUGCAAGACGAACCACUAAUACCAGGAACACUUACACUCCUGAUAUACCUACUGACAGAAUAGAUAAGGUAGCUGCUAUAAGACACACCACUGGGAUCACUCACACUCCUCAUUCUCAUAAAACUGAUACAAACAAUGGAAAGGAUACCCCAAGCUCUGUAGGGCAAACCACCACUCCUGAGACUACCACCAAGGGAAGGAAUAAGUCAACCGCCCUUAGACACACCACCAGCACAGGGGAUAUCACCACCACCUCCUCCUCCUCCUCCUCCUUCUCUUCCAUUAUGGACAACCCGAUAUCAGCAAGACAAACCUCCACCACCACCAUUGCUAAUUUCUCUACCACAGCAAAGCCUAUCACCAAUACUAAGGACACCAGAGAUAGCCACACCCCCACCUCCAUUAGUACCAGACACAUCACCACCUCUACCAUCACCAGGGACACACACACUCCUGCUUUACACACCACAAGCCUGAGCACGGACAAUAAUGACACCCCAAGUUCUGCCACAGGUAUCGAGAGCAUAACCAUGGAUUCUAAAACGUUCUUGAAGGCUUCAAAUACCACCAACACCAAGACUAAGACUACCACUAACACCAGCAGUAACACCACCUCCCUCACUAGUGUAGCAACCCAAGAACACAAGCAAGGAAAACAAACGUCUGGUGAUUACGAGGAUGAGAGAGAGACCGCAAUGAACGUACUUACACUGGCCGAGGAUGCUUCCCCUGCCUCACCCAAUCACCCCCUCAUCCCAACACUGCGCACACCCUCCCUCGCCCCCGCCUCACAGCCCCGUACCCCCCCUCACCCGGCCCUAGGGGAGACGGAGGUGCCAAGUUCGAAUCACCUGGACGAGGGAAGUGGCAGUGAGUGGGAGGAGAAGUGGGAGGUGAUGGUUGGGGAUCGUGACAUGACUAACAGUGAAAUGAGGCCUCACUUCACCCCUUUGGAAACAGAUAAGGUCAUGGAGGUCACUACUAAUGCUGGAACAGGCCCUCACUUCACCCCUUUGGAAGCAGAUAAGGUCACGGAGGUCACUACUAACACUGAAACAAGCCCUCACUUCAGCCCUUUGGAUAUAGACACAGCCAUGGAGGACACUACCAUGGCUGAGACAACCCCUCACAUUAGCUCUCGUGAAGAAGGUACGACUGCAGGUGUCUCAUCAAAGAUAACGUUGGACAUUGAUGGAGUCGAGGGUUCAGUGAAGACUACCAGGACAGAGGGGGAUACUGACGCUGGUGAAGAUGCAGUACAGGACCAGGAGGGCAGCACGGAAGCAGUCUCCAUGCGCAAUCAGAAUGAUGGAACGUAUGAAAACCCGCCGUGCAGAAUUAUGUGUCGGGAGAACGGAAAUCGAGAAAUGCGCGACAGGAAGAUUUUAAGUGAGGAAGAUAAGGAUGAGAGUAUUGAAAAAACAUCUUCCUCCUCUUCUUCCUCCUCCUUGAAGAUCCACAACAACAACCAUAAGGACGAAGAUGACACAAAAAACUCUUCCUCCUCUUCCUCCUCCUCCUCUAAGGCCUACAGCGAUGUGAGCGAGGACGAGAUUGUGAGGAACUUCCGCAAGAUCCUCCAGGAAGCCCAUGCAACCAUACAGAGGUUCCGGAAGGACUUUCAAUCCCCGGGGCACGUCACCUUCGCCAACGCAACACCCGCUGUGCCUUGGGAGCGGUUCCUUGCUGGUAAGGCCGAGCGGGCGCGAGGCGGAAACAACAACAACAUCAAGGAAACAAACACCACGAGCAAUGUUUCAACACCACCGCCAGACGCAACACCACCAAAAUCAACAUCUUCAGACACCACAGAAGUAGAUAUCACCACCAACACCACCACCAACACCACUGAAGGUCAUGAUGCAGGAACAACAGAGGAUCGAAACCCAUUUAAGCCAAGCACUAAAAGGAAUCCAAUCCGCCACAGUGCACGGAAGAGGAAGUCCGGGAGAUCCACGAGGGAGAGAGGGAAAGGGGACAGAAAGAGGAAAAGAAAAGGAGGUGGAAAGAAGAAUAAGAAGGGAUAGAUGAAAAGCCAAGGAGUAGAAAAUAAGGAUGAGAAAUGAGGGUAAGGAGAUGAAACAUUGAAGGAGUUUAACCAUGUACCAGCGACGGGCAAAAUUUGUGGCUUUACCAUGUACCAGUGACAGGCCAAAUUUGUGGCUUUACCAUGUACCAGUGACAGGCCAAAUUUGUGGCUUUACCAUGUACCAGUGACAGGCCAAAUUUGUGGCUUUACCAUGUACCAGUGACAGGCCAAAUUUGUGGCUUUACCAUGUACCAGUGACAGGCCAAAUUUGUGGCUUUACCAUGUACCAGUGACAGGCCAAAUUUGUGACUUUACCAUGUACCAGUGACAGGCCAAAUUUGUGGCUUUACCAUGUACCAGCAACGGGCCAAAUUUGUGGCUUUACCAUGUACCAGCGACAGUCCAAAUUUGCGGUUUUACCAUGUACCAGCAACGGGCCAAAUUUUUGCCAUGAUAUAAACCCAAAAAAAUAGAUGAUGCAUAAACUGAUCACAGAUGCGUUGAUAUAUAUUAUGAAAUGGUUUGUGUGAGUGAUGAUUUUUUCUCAUUUUUCUUGCUUAGAGGGAAGGGCCUUUAAGAAACAUGAUCCCAGCAGCUACCAGGUUGAGUCACAGGAAGGAGGAAAUACAGAUAGGCUUUGGAAACUGAAGAAGGAAAUGUGGUGUGAAAAUAAUGAAAACUGAUGGAAAAAGAAGCGACCAAAAUGUGUGAAAGAAAAAUAGUGACUAAUGUUGAUAGAUGAAAGGAAAGGAGAGGAAAAGAGAUCAGUGAAACAAUUGUGAAAAGCAAAUAUGACUAAAAAAAAGGAAUAUUUGAACGGGAUAAAAAAAAAAAUAAUGAUAAAAUGAAUUAGAAAAAACAAUAACAGUGUGAGAUGAACAACAGGGAGAGAUAGAAAAAGAAAAUUAAGUAAAAAAUAAAGAGAAAAAGAAAAAAAA